AUCCAAAUUUUACUCCACAGAUAUCAUCUUCAAACUCUCAUUGCCCUUCUCUUUUCACGCUAUCAGAUUGGGUUUUCAACAAAAUCCCUUAAGACCUUAGAUCUAAGGCCAAAGUUGCAGCUUUCACCUCACUAAAAGCUCCAUUUCCGCCAGUCCAAACGAAAUCCAGUCGUAGAUUUGUUGAGAGAGAGAGAGUCAACUUGAGAGCACAUUAGAUUGUUUCUUAUUGUUUGUUCAUAAGAUGAAUGAAAAGAAUGAUAGUGAUGGUGGUGUUGCUUUCAAAGUAGGGACUUGUUCUAUCUCACCUCAUGACAAAGGUGGUAAGAACAAGAGAAAAUUAGAUGAUCAUUCUUUAGAGUGUCCGGUUAUUCUUCCUUUGUCGACGAGUGAAUUAGCUCCGGAGAUAUUUCGAGGCCCUAUACUUGGACCAUUUGAGGUAGGAUCCUCCGUGGGACCCCUUAGAGAAGAUUUUGUACCUGCUGAUUGGGAUGAUUCGGUUGCUUGUCAGCUCGAGGAGUUACUGUUAUCUAAUUUGCACAUGAUUUUCCGGAAUGCGAUUAAAAAGAUUGUGGAGUGUGGGUUUAAGGAGGAGGUCGCGCAAAAGGCUAUUUCAAGGCACCCGCUCUAUCAAGGGGGUAAAAAUCUUGUGUCAAAUGUUGUGAAUGAUGCUUUGGCUUCCUUGAAGGAAGGGAUAGAAGGUGAUAUUUCGAGUUAUUUGUUUGAGGAUUUGCAGCAGCUAGUGGUGUAUACGAUGCUGGAGAUGAUUAGUGUGCUUAGAGAGGUUCAACCAUGUCUAUCUAUUGUGGAAGCAAUGUGGUGGUUGUUAGUGUUUGAUCUUAACAUUUCGGUUGCAUGUGAAGUAGAAGGAGAUAUAUUGCGAAAUUUAGGUUGUAUGGAAGUCUCAGGAGAGAGCUCCUCUGAUUCUAACCCUAAGUCAAGAUCUGAAACAGCAAAUCCUGAAACCGUUAUUCCUAUCACGAAUGAGCCCAGUGUUACAAAACCAUCAUUCUCCUCUCAGAAUUCCCAGCCUGAAGCACUCAAAUUUGGAAGUUUCUACAACUUAUCUAAACCCGAAACUUUUCAUGCUUCUGAAGGGCUGACACCAGAGAAAGAGUUUUUGGCCUCUACGAGUGCUUCUAGAGAUAAUGUCUCGAUUACAUCGAUCUCUAAAGAAAAAGCAGUGAGUAGUAGAAAGGGGUGCUUCAAAAAGGAACUAACUGCACUACGGCAAAAGUCCAACAUGGAAAUUAGCAGGACAGCUUAUUUGAAAGGUUUUAGAGCUGCGAAACUAGCUGCCUCUGGGAGUGUUGUUGAAAGGAGAAUGAAGUCCCUAUCUGAUUUACCAGCUGUGCAUAUGAAAAUUCCGUCAUCAAAAGUAGUUAUGGAGGCCGGAGGUUUAGCUGAUGAAAGUCAUCACUUUUCAACUAAUGCUUCACCUGAUUUAAUUGUGGCAGAUGACUCUUCAACAUUGUUGACUAAGGGUACUAAAUCUGUAGUUCCAACCACAAAUACUGGGUGCGCACCUUCAUUAUCUUUGGAAAAUAAACCUGUUUCAAAGUCUGAAGGAGGAACUUCAAUAUCUUCCAAGACACCUGAACACUGUGUAGAAAAGAAAGCUACUCCGAAGGCCAAAGGCAGCUCUUCUAUGUCUUCUAAGACCAUUGAUUACCAUGCUGGAAUUCCGUACAAUGAUUCUCUAGGAAAAUACAUCCCGCAAGAUGAGAAGGAUGAUAUGAUUUUGAAGCUUGUUCCAAGGCUAGAGGAACUGCGGAAUGAAGUAGAUAGUUGGACUCAGUGGACCAAUCAGAAGGUCAUGCAAGCUGCCCGCAGGCUUAGCAAGGAUCAAGCCGAACUUAAAUCACUGAGGCAAGAGAAGGAAGAAGCAGAGCAGCUCAAAAGGGAAAAGCAAAUCAUGGAGGAGAACACCAUGAAGAGGUUGUCGGAGAUGGGGUUUGCCUUGAACAACACAAUUGGUCAGGUUGAGGACACUAAUUCUACUGUUCAGAAGCUUGAGGUGGAACAUUCCAUGCUGAAGAUGCAGAUGGAGGCCGCUAAAUCACAGGCUACAGCAUCAGCUGCAAGUUGUCAAGAAGCAUUGGAGAGAGAACAGAAGGCACUCAAGGAUGUUCAGUCAUGGGAAGGACAGAGAAGCUUGCUUCAGGAGGAGCUUGCAUUGGAGAAGCAGAUGGCAGCAGAUCUGCAAUGGAAAGUAGGCAAGGCUAAAAUUAUCUACAGCCAAAUUGAGAUGACAUGGAAAGAGGAGAGGAUGGAAAAGGAGAAAGUCCUUGCACAAGCUGCCUCCAUACAAAAGGAAAGAGAACGUCUUGAAGCUGCAGCAAAAGUGGAGGAGGAUAAGAUUAAACUGAAAGCAGAAAAAGAUAUGCAGAAAUACGGGGAGGAGAUAAAAACGCUUGUGGCCAAGUUAUCUGAGUUGAAGAUGAAGCUGGAUUCAUCGAAAAUAGCUGCACUUCGAGGAGGCAUUGGUGGUGGCAAUAUCCAGUGCUCUUCUGUCAAUGAGUUGAAUCACAUUCCAAGCUUCUCUAAGAGGGUGGUUGACAUCAAGGAUUAUUCUGGGAGAAAAAGUUUGAAACAGGAGCGUGAGUGCGUCAUGUGCUUAUCAGAAGAGAAGAUAGUGGUAUUCCUUCCAUGUUGUCAUCAGGUCCUAUGUGUCAAAUGCAAUGAGAUCCACGAGAAACAACGGAUGGACUGCCCCGCCUGUAGGACCAUGAUCGAUUGCCGCAUAUGUGCACGUUUUGCUAAGCCACAGGCUAUGGCUCUCUGAUCCUUUUUGCUUGACUAAGACAUGUGAGUUAAUGGCGGAUAGAUUAAAAGGAGCUCUGAGAAGUGCCCUCAAACUUGUGCCUUUUGUUUUGCUUUAGCCCCUUUUGAAUAGUUUAUACCAGUAGCUCAACAGUAUGAAAACGAUUAAAGAGAAAAUUUAUAGCUUACAGCCCUCUAAUAUACUUUGUUCUUUUUCAUAUAAAUGAUAUAAUAUAUGGUUUAGCUUUACAUUACAGCAUCAAGUGUUCCUUAAUUUUUAACUCUUAGAC